AUGCAGGCCGUCCCGGCCGUUCGAAGGCUGCCGCUCGAACUCCUUAACGAGAUCUUCCUCGCAACAAAAGCUUUAUACGGUCCCGAUACCGCUGAGCUGGAUCCACCGCCAUGCACUUACCUAUCGCACGUCUGUCGAACCUGGAGAGCCGCGGCCCUCAUGUGCCAACAACUGUGGUCCAGUGUGCUUCGCCCGCACAUGGAGUGGACGAAGCUCUGCCUCGAACGCUGCCAUCAUCUGCCAGUCGAGAUCAUCAUAUCUCGGCGAACUGCUUUCCUCCCGCAACAUCCAGCCUACCCUGCCAUUCUCCUCGCCUACCUUCGCGCCCGCGUCAUCAUUAUCGAUUUCCGGGGCCAGCCAACGAGCUCUUACGCGCCGGCUUUUCUGGCCGUUUCCAUUGGGCUGUUAUCGCCACAACACUGUCCUCUGCCCAUGCUGGAAGAGCUCCAGAUCCAUCUGUCGGCUGAUGACGUGCAUUCCCGGUUCAUACUCAACAGGGGAAUCAUAGGCCGCGAGAUCGCUACCCGUCGUCUCAAGAGAAUCGCAAUCUCGUGCUGCGAGCUGAACUCGCCUCUGCACUCAUUAUCGUCCUCGCUCGAAACGCUCAUACUCGAGAACGUCAUGCCGUGGGGCAGCUGUGCCGAGCUGGCACGCACGCUCGGCGCACUGACCUCGCUGACAUGGUUCGAAUACAAAUGGACGCGCAAUCAUCUCCAAGAAUCCAUUCUCUAUGCGGAGGCUCUCGUCACGACGCCGUCCGUCCGGUUACACAAGAUAAAGCACUUCUACCUCAGCGGGUUCCUUCCGGAGGACGUCUGCAUCUUCAGCUCGCUGGAGCUGCCACCGACGGCGGAGAUCAUCGUCACACCCAAGUCGAGCCAUACAUUUGCGCUGGACGGCUGUACAUUGGAGGACCUCGCCCCGGAUAACCUGCUGACCUAUUUUGCGGGCGACAUGGCGUCGGCGCUCGCGCGCCAUGUUGACAAUGCAUUCCGAAACGGGAUGUACAUCAAAGAGGCGGGCGUUCACAGACACGGUGUUCAACUCGUCCUUGAUCACAGGAAGCGCCGCGCGGGCGAUAACGACCUCGAUCCCGAUGCCGCUCCGAGACCGCCAUCUGAAGCUGUGCCCUCAGGCGGGCGUUCGAGCAUCACGAUCACCGUUCCUUCGUUCAACACCGUGGAGCGGCGCGACAUCAUCUUCAAAGAGCUCGUCUCGCUCGGCGUCACGCGCUACGACAUCCGCGCGCUGACGUUCAGCGGCCACAGCCUCUCCGUGCUCGACGUGUACGCGAACCUCAAGCGGCGCGUGUUUACGCUCCAAGAGCUUACGCUGCGCUCGCAAGCAGACGUCCUCGCAUUCCUCACAGGCUUCGCGCUCCAGUUCCGCUUUCCGGCUCUUCGGGCCUUGAAUAUCCUGUGCGAUCUGCGUAACCCGGCGGUGACGCUGCAAGACAUUUAUGAGGCGAUGCGAGCGAAGGAUGAGGGGGUGUGGGGGAGGGUGCGGCUUGAGUGGAUGCCGGCGAUGGGGGAAAGAGAUCUGUCGAUCUUUUCGAACGAGCUUCGUUGGCUGCUCGUGCACACGGACAAUUUGGGGCUUGAAUAG